GGCAGCUAUAAAUCCUGUGAUGCUGUUGCCGUAGUUGGCGUCCUUCAGUCUGGAGGCCUAGAGUGAGCUGUAUUAUGGCGGUAGUGCGAUUGGGUCUGGAAAGCAUUGCGCAGAGGCAUCGGAAAAAGUUUCACGGGUCCGUCGGAGAUUUACCAAAGCGUUAACCAAAAGCUUCCAGAAAAAACUGCUUCAAGAUGCUAUCGCGAACUUCACUACUACAUCGUGCGGGCACAGCAGUCCGGAUGCUGCGUCCCAUGUCAGAAGCGAAGCAGCACAGCGUGGAUAAAAGAGAUACGACUGGUCUUUUAUGCAAUGACAAAGAUGCCGGUCAAGUUUUGGUGGACAGUUUCGGCAGGAAACACACUUACCUGCGCAUCUCCUUGACGGAAAAGUGCAGCCUUAGGUGUAAGGUGUCUACUGCAUGCCAGAGGAAGGUGUACCAUUGACUCCAAAUGAAAAAUUGCUCACUUCAGACGAAAUAGUGCAGUUAGCAAGUCUGUUUGUCAGUUUUGGCGUGACCAAAAUUCGUCUCACUGGCGGAGAACCUCUUGUCCGAAAAGAUGCUGUCAGUAUCAUUGAGCGCCUGGCAAAAAUUCCACAGCUGGAAGUGUUGGGCAUUACGACAAAUGGGUUGGUGCUGUCGAAAAAAAUACCAGAUUUGAAGAAUGCAGGUUUAACACAUGUAAAUAUAAGUCUUGACAGCCUAGUGCCUCAGAAAUUUGAGUUCCUGGCGAGGCGCAAAGGAUGGCAUGUCGUGAGGAAAAGCAUUGAUGAUGCGUUGGCAGCUGGCUUUGACUCUGUUAAGAUAAACUGUGUUGUGAUGAAAGGAAUUAAUGAAGAUGAACUGGUUGACUUCGUGAAGCUCACAGAAACUAAUAAUGUUGAAGUGCGGUUUAUAGAGUACAUGCCCUUUGAUGGCAACAAGUGGAGCAGGCAAAAACUUGUCCCUUUUGAGCGCAUGUUGUCGACCAUAAAAAAGGAGUUGCCCUUCUUGGAGCGACAAGAAGAUGGGCCAAAUCAUACCUCAAAGUUAUUUAGAGUACCUGGUUGGACAGGGAAGAUCGGUUUUAUAACGUCUAUGACUGAACACUUUUGUGGAACAUGCAACCGCCUUCGCAUCACAGCUGAUGGAAACCUCAAGGUGUGCCUUUUUGGUGGUGAUGAAGUCUCCCUGAGGGAUGCAAUACGAGGUAAAGCUACACCGGAUGAGCUCCUGAGCUUAAUUGGCAGCGCUGUGCUGAGGAAGAAGUUCAACCAUGCUGGCAUGGACAAGCUGUCAACGCUGAGAAACAGGCCUAUGAUACUUAUUGGAGGAUAGAUUGAUUUUUACAUGAAUUGUGCUCCAAGCACUCUUUGUUAUAGAUAGAAAUGAUAAUGUAUUUUUUGAUGCGAUUUAGCUAAUAAACAUUGUUGCAGCAAA